GCUGUGAAGUCAACAGAGCAGAAGCAUUCGAUCGUACCCUGAUCAUCAACACUUCAAUUCUACCGACCAUAAUCGCUUCUGGAUAAUCGUCCGUUCAUAUCUACUCAACCCAUAUUCAAAACCUCCCGCUAGUAUGGCCGAAGGAACCACGCGUAAACAGGAGAAAGAUUUUACCAAAGAGGUGGACGAGGUUGUAACAGCGGCGGAGUCUCUCGUACGAAGUGGAAACAUACAGAAUGCGGUUGACAAGCUUUUGGUCUUAGAGAAGCAAACCAGGAAUGCUUCUGACCUUGCUUCGACCACCCGACUUCUCGUCAAAAUCGUCAGCAUCUUCUUCGAAGCAGGAGAUUUAGACUCCUUGGCACAACAUGUUCAACAACUAUCUCGUAAACAUGGACAAUUGAGGCAAGCUACAACCACCAUGGUAGAAAAAGUCAUGGAAUUCCUCCCGAAUGUCAAUGAGACGUCGAAAUGCAAGUUGCUCGAAGGAUUGCGGGAGGUAACCGAAGGAAAGAUCUACUUGGAAGUACAACGGGCUCGACUUACUAGACAACUAGCUCAAAUCAAAGAAGCAGCUGGAGAAGGUCGGAUUGCAAAUGAGUUGAUGCAAGAUUUGCAAGUCGAAACGUUUGGGUCAAUGGAUCGAAGAGAAAAGGUCGAGUUCAUCCUUGAGCAAAUGAGGCUGCUUCGUAUACAACGAGACUGGGAGAAAAUGGCUAUCGUUAGCAAAAAGAUCAACAACAAAUGGCUAAGUGAUCCAGAUAAUGAGGAUCUCAAGCUACAGUAUUACGCACUUAUGAUUACCUACGCUUCCCAAUCAUCUCGUUAUCUCGAUCUUUGUAAAUAUUACCGAGCGAUCCACGAGUCCUCCACCAUCCAAGCCGAUGUUGCCAAGUCAUCCGCAGCUCUGAGGAACGCUGUUUACUUUGUCAUCCUUGCACCUUACGAUAACGAGCAAAGUGAUCUAUUGAACCGGAUAGGUCGGUCUGAGGAUGAAUUGAAGCAGAUUGAAGGAGUCUAUGAUCUCGUAAAAUGCUUUACCACUCCUGAGCUAAUGCGCUGGCCAGGUAUUCAAGAGCUGUAUGGACCGACCUUGAGGAAAUCCAAAAUCUUCGGUCCCAAGGGCACGGCAGGCGUUCCUGGGGACAUUGAAGAAGACGUAGAGGCAGGCAGCGACCCAGGUGAAACUAGGUGGCAAGAGUUGCACAAGAGGGUGGUUGAACAUAACAUCCGCACGGUCUCAAAGUACUAUACUCGCCUAACCCUUCUCAGACUCUCUGAACUCCUAGAUCUAUCUGUGCCAGAAUCAGAGGAAACCUUGGCAAAGUUGGUGAGCUCUAAGACUGUAAGCGCGAAAAUUGACCGGCCUCGUGGACUAGUACAAUUCAAUCUUGGAAAUGAGUCAUCAAGUCAAGGCGAAAACAUCUUGAAUGUUUGGAAUAGUGAUGUUGGGAAGCUAUUGGGCCUUGUAGAGAAAACUGUACACCUUAUACAAAAAGAAUUUGCUUUACAAGGUAUCAAAUGAAACUUAUUCACUCUUGAUGUUCAUUUCUUUCGGUGGGCUGCCGUGACCACCAGGGCAUUUUCACUGGUCUACUUCCUAUUUUCCUGCCAGCUCUUGCGCCUUGCAAUGUGUUUUACAAAUGAUAAUAUAUACUGCUCUACACGCAGUUGCUUGAUAGCGU